AUUCCGCGGCGGUGGCGAGGCAUACUCGCCAUCGCCAUCGCCAUCGCCAUCGCCAUGCCUGCCUCUAUCCGCUCUAUUCCUCUUCGUCUUCCUCCUCCUCCUGCUCUUUAAUUACCCGGCCGGGAACGAAGAGGCGGGAUGCUUAGUGGAUAACAGGGCCUUGAGGCGGAGCGGCCGGGCCGAGGAGACCGGCGUCCAGAGGGGGGGCUGCCGCGCCGGACUGGGAUGCUGGAGCAAUGUCAGAUUCGAAGGGCGGCAUGAGCGGCAUGAGCGUGGUGACCACGGCGAUGGCCUUCUCGGUCAGCGCCUUCUUCGUGCUCUUCGUCUUCACCAGGCUGCUCUGCGCGCGCCUCCACCUGUCCAGGGCCGCCGCCGCCGACCGCGCCGCCGGCGACGCCUUCGUCGUCUCGGCCUACAACGUGGAGCGCGGGAUCCACGGGCUGGAGCCCUCCGUGGUGACGACCUUCCCCACCGUCAAGCUCGGCGACGGCGGCCCGCAGCGGCCGCCGGUGCAGGAGGCGCAGUGCCCGGUGUGCCUGGAGGAGUACGAGGCCAAGGACGUGGUGCGCGUGCUGCAGGCCUGCGGCCACGCCUUCCACGCGCCCUGCAUCGACGCCUGGCUCCGGCAGCACCCCACCUGCCCGAUCUGCCGCGCCUCCCUGCGCGCCAAGGCCGGCGGCGGCGGCGGCAACCGCGCAGCGCCGCCGCCCGACUACAGCGCCCUCGUCGCCGGCGCCGCCGCUAGGGCGGCCCCCUCCCACCAUGUCCCGGCGGCGUCCUCGUCCGACGACGCCGCGUCACCGCAGGCGCCCGACGCGGAUGGCCGGCUGGAGAUCAUCAUCGAAGAGCCCGCCUCCUCCCCCGACGGCCCGAGCCCUGCCGCCGCCGGUGCCGGUGCCGGCCGCCAUUCUCCCUGCGCCGAGGCGGCGGCGAGGCAGAGCGCGAGCGCCGCCGCCGGCGCGUCGUCGGAGCAUUGCUAGGUAGCGCACGCUGACACACGAUGUGUUUACAUGAUGGAACGGCCGGAACAGUGUUGUGAAUUGAGAUCGGGACGGUGUUUAGGGGCUAGAGUCUUGGGGGAUAAGAAAUUAAUCUGGUUUUAACAGGCUUCUUUAUUCUGAUUCGUGAAGCUCAUUGCGCUUGCUCAGCUUGUACAGUCUUAGUUGAAAUGAUUGAAGCACUUGUUCUUACGUGAUCAAUAGCUUGAAGGCCAUGCUGCCGCAGUGAGAGUUUCA